AGCCAUUUCGGCUCAAAAGUGCCACAUGGUGGCUUGUUGAUCGCAGUCCUGUUUGUGUUUUGCUCGGGCUGCCUGCGGUCGUAUAGGCUGCCUGCUGUUGCCGCCAGGAGUACGCAGCGUGGGGCAUCCAGGCUGGAGGCAGUGUUGGGUAGCAGCUCAGGUGACGGCAGCGUGACACAGCUCGAACGCAUACUCACUUUUCGCAGAUCGUUCAGAUGGCGGCGCCGUCUGGUGGGAUAGAAAAUGACACAAAUUCAGGAGCCGCCGCGGAGUGCGCUGACGACCUCGAGGUUCGAAAUGCCGCCGCCGUAGAGCUCCGGAUCAGUGUUUCACCAGUGGAGAAGCUCGAGCAUCUCCGCGCUUUCUGCUUCCCCUCGUGGCGGAAGCGGCCGCCGCACCCGUGUUUGGAUGUUACCGCUGACUUGGAACAUUCCCUGCUCGUUGUAGAGAUGGAUGGCUCUUCUCAUUUCCGAGGAGAGGGCGAGGCCACUGCGCUAGAAGACAAUGGCCCUGAGGCGCUGGCAAUCGCAGAGGAUGCGUGGAGCAAGGCUGUUGACAAGGAGUUGAAAAAGCUUGUUGUGGAGGAUCUCGGGAAGAAGAGCGGCGAUGGCGGAGUGUUGUUGAACACAGCAUUUACGGAAGAAGGUAUGGAGAAAUUGCAGAAGCACGAGCAAGAGGAAAAAGUCAAGGUCGUCUUCCGCGGGGAUGGGCAUGUAUUGCUGGUAGGAGCGAAGGCGAAACUGGACAAAAAAACCGUCGCCAUACGAACGCUGGUAACGCAUUUCCACUGGCGCUUGGUAGGGCAGUAUCAAGGCCAAAGUGCAGUGGAUUAUUAGUUGUCUUGGCAAGACGCUGUGCUCCACAGGGAAUCAGCGAAUCAAUCGGCUGCAUCUGCAUGUGCGGCUGUAUCAAGGAUGACUAAUCAGCAAUGGUACUCCUGUCCCCCUUCCUUGCAAGCAGCGAAUCUGGUGAACGAUGCGGCCAGAGAGCCGUUGCUGUAAAAGUGCAUGGCAUUUUGGCAGUGGUGAGCUCGGGAAAAGGAGCAUCGCCCAGCUGCUCUGUCCCAGAUAGUUUGAAUUGGCCCAGUCUCCGGAACAAUCGACCGUUGUGCGUCUUCGAAGAUGUUGCGAAUAGGUUGAUGCGCAACGUGUUUUUGCAAGGAAGUCGUUGCCACUUCGUGUUUCGCAGAUUCUUGUCCGACGUGGUCGCUUAUCCGGAAUGCCAGCUCGCCUAGCUCAGUCGGUAAAGCGUGGUGCUCUUAACCUUGUGUCCGCUGGGUCGGUCUGCUCGGACGGCGUUUUUCUUAACCUGGGAGCCUAAGCAUGCACCAGGGCUUGUGCUGAAGUGUGUGUUGGCGAUGGGCUGUUUUCGUUUUGAUUUCGUUUCGCAGCCAAGACAGAGCGAAGACAGGACGAAGGUCAAGGUAACCAACAAGAAAACGGCAAAUACUGUUCAGCUCGAGCCCUGGGGCUUUUCUCUCAACCUGGGAAGCUGAACAUAUG